AUGAAUUCCCACCCAGAUAUGAAUUCUAUAACUACAUCAAUCAUCAAGGUACAUCAUAGUUACUAUACAAUCAAACAAUCAAGUCAAGUCAAGUCCACCAUGCAAUUAUUCAAAUUAGUUUCAAUCGCAACAUUAGCUCAAUCAAUCUUAUGUGCAGAUUUAAAUCCAACUACUAAUGUUGUUCCACAACAUAAAAGUUUAUCAGCCAAGUAUCGUAUUAUUUUCAAAUCUAAUGAAUUAAAUUCAGAUGAAGGUACUUUUUCCAUUAAGGCCAAAAUCAAUAAUAAUGAAGAAAAUGUUGAUUUAUUUAUUGCAAAAAAGAGUAAUGUUUCAUCAACAAAUUUAACUCCAAGUAAAGAAAUUAAAUUUGAUUCUAAAUUAGCUGAUGCAGUCUUAGACUAUAAAUCUAAUGGUGAUGAAGAAAUUACUUUUGAAAUUAAAGGUUAUUCAGAUCCUUUAAAAAAUGUUGCUGGUACUUCUGUUGAUUUCAGUGGAUUUUAUCAACCAAAAGUUGAUGGUUCUGCAAUUGAAUUACCAUUUGAAGUUUCUGCUGUUUUAUAA